AUGUCAGAGGUGGCCCUCGACACCAGCUCCGAGGUCACCACCAAGGACCUGAAGGAGAAGAAGGAAGUUGUGGAGGAGGCAGUGAAUGGAAGAGACGCACAUGCCAACGGGAAUGCUCAAAAUGAGGGAAAUGGGGAGCGGGAGGCUGACGAUGAGGUAGAUGAAGAGGAGGAAUCAGAUGGGGAGAAAGAGGAGGAAGGGGAAGAAGGAAACGGUGAGGAAGAGGAUGGAAAGGAAGAUAAGGAAGCUGAGGCUCCUACGUGCAGGAAGGUGGCUGAAGAUGAUGACGAUGGUGAUGUUGACACCGAGAAGCAGAAGACCAAUCUAAAUGUGGUCACCUUCGAAUAUGGGAGCAGGCGCCACCUGCGCGUAGUGGGCAGUGUCACCCACCGAUGA